AUGGAUAAUCUAUCAAUUGUGUUCUUGUUUUUAUGCUCUAUUGGAUUUGUUUUGAAUGGAAUAGGAUUGUAUCUUUUGUUCACUCUUAAAAACUUAAAGGUGGACACCCAAAAGAUCAUAGUUAUUAACCUCUGCAUUAUUAACUUUAUUUUAAACAUAGUUUUAAUAGUACAAAGUUCAAUUGAUAUUACAAUUGUGUUUGUUGAAGUUGUUCCGUUUAACUUUAACAAAGUCUUACAAAUUUUUCAAAGUAUUGUAAACCUUGGUUAUUAUUACGCAACAUUUUGGUUGAUACUUGAUCGAUACUUGCAUAUAAAACUCAAUAUAAAGUACCAAGUCAUUUGGACAAGAAGAAAAACGGUUGUCGCAAUAGUGAUUCUAUGGAUUUUUUCAAUAAUAAGUGGAUGCAUAGUUGGUUUACAUUAUUAUCAUUUAAACGCAGUUAUUUUUAUUUGUUUAGACGGCAUAAACUUGACGUUAGCGAUUGUUGUGUACACUCAUAUUAUUUUAUUAUUGAAAAGACAAAGAGCUAAGGUUCAAUCCAAUCACAACAAUAGAAGUCUUACAAAAGGAUCUCUUGUAUCUGUUGCUAUCAUAACCUCGUAUAUCAUUUUGGUUGUAGUGCCCGAUAUAAUAAUAUCAGUGGAUAAUUUCGUUCAUAUAAACUCUUUAGGGCUUUCAUUUUUUUUAUCAAUAGUUUACUCUCUUUCGUUGUGGACCGAUGCAAUGAUAUACAUACUAGUUUCACCUAAUGUUCGACCUAUUCUCAGAAAGUCAUUCACACUAUCUAAUUACAAGUCUAGCAAAAGAAGUAGCAAUCGUUUAACGCAAACUUCUAGCUUUUCGCAGACAAUCGUUCAAACUAUUUAA